GACUCGUCAUCCGUCCGCACUCUCUUUCCUCCCGGCCUCCUGCUGCUGACGCGCCCCACCCCGGCGGUCGCCGCUUGCUCGCUCCCUCACCCGCCGCCGCCUCGUCCGCAGGGCGUCCGUCCGCCGGCCAUGGCGACGGUGGAAGGGUACAAGACAGAGCCGCCUGGAUUAGGCCCAAGAACCGGGCGAUCUGCGGCGACCAUGGCGACCGACGACUUGGCCGGCGGCGGCAGGGAAGGGGAGCGGGAGGGGGCCCUCGGAUACAUCCUCUCGCUCCCGGCGGCGGCGCUGCCUUUGCCCGUCGCCGUCUCCUGCCUUGACGCCACCGUCCCGCGCAAGGCGCGCAGCCGCCCCCGCCUCCACGCCCAGCCGUGCUCCUGGUGGACCUUCGAGCUCCCCGUCCCCGCGCCGGAGGAGGCGAAGACCCCAGCCCCCACAGCGCCGGCGGCCACGAAUCCGACCGAGGAGGCGAGGCCUCCCCGUCCCCAGCGCUCGCGCCCGCCCGUGUGCCAGGCCCCGCCCCACGACCCCCAUACCCCCGCGCCAGCCAUGGAGAGGCCGGCCAAGAGGGCGAGGAGGUGCCUGCAGUGCGGAGCCAUCGAGACGCCGCAGUGGAGGUCGGGCCCGAUGGGGUCGGGCACGCUCUGCAACGCCUGCGGGGUCCGGCUCAAGGCGGCCGGGGCGCUGCGGGAGCAGGUGCACCGGCCCCCGCCGGCGACCGCGAGGACGGUCGCCGAGCCGCCGCCGGAGAGCCCGGUGGCAGACUCGUCGCCGGACGGCCCGAUCUGGGAGCCCGGGUCAGUUCCCGACGUGUACCUGCUGAGGAAGAAGCCGCCGAAGCGGGGCAGGUCUCCGCCUCCGAGGACGGAGCCCGCGUCGCCGCCGGCGCCGGCGGUGUUCCUGGUCAAGAAGAAGAAGAAGAAGGCGCCGAAGACGCCGAACAAGAAGCCGUGGCGGCCUCGGAAGUCGGCGAAGCGGUGCCUGCACUGCGGGUCGUCGUCGACGCCGCAGUGGCGGGAGGGCCCGAUGGGCCGCAGCACGCUGUGCAACGCGUGCGGCGUGCGGUACAGGCAGGGGCGGCUGCUGCCGGAGUACCGGCCGCUGGUGAGCCCCACCUUCGAGCCGUCGGAGCACGCCAACAGGCACAGCCAGGUGCUCCAGCUUCACCGACAGCGGAAGGGCCACCAGAAGAACCAGCAACCCCUGCCAACGGAGGAGCCGCGACCCGUGGACCACCCGACCGGCGCGCCACCGUGCAGCGGCGGCGGCGAUGACCCGAUGAACGUGCUCCUGCCCCGGCGAUGGCACAACAAGAACGAGUACCCGCCAACACCGCUGCACCAGCCUCUGCCGCAGCCGGCGGACAGCCUCGCCGGCGACCAACACGUUGGGGACGUCGACGAGCCGGCCCCAGGACGUGGCGGCAGCAAUAAUGACCCAAACGACGCGCCGAGCUCGCUGGACCCGUUGCUGCUCGAAGGGCCGUCGGCGCCGCUGAUCGUCGACGGAGACGAUCCCUUCGUCGACUAGCUAGCCUAUCCAACUAGAGAAAAUCAGCUGAGAUGAGAAUAGUAAUCUUCUUCGACCUUUUUUCCCGGUAACUUUUAUCGAUUUGGUUGAGUGUACCAGUUUGUCUCGGAAAAUUUUCGUGUAGGAUUUGAUCGUGGCAGGAUUUGCAGCAACGCUCCAGCCAAUUCUGAGAUAUACGUGAAUUAUAGGUCUUUUGAUUUUUUUCGCUCCAAGUUUGACCAUUCGUUUUAUUCAAAAAUUUGUGUAAAAUAUCAAA